AUGGCGUCUGGUCGGGAACAGGCAGGCUCGUCAGAGCUGUCUGCCUUUCUAACAGCACCAACCACGGCUCUGGGGGGUGGGGGUUUGGGAUCGAGCGGGGGGGCAACACUGGAGAGGUCCAAACUGGACCUCAGGAGGGAGGUCAAAACGCAACAGCCACGCACAUCCGAUGCGGGUGGGGGCGGUGGCAUUGGCAAAAUCAUUUCCAACGGCGGGGGUGGGGGUGGCGACGAUGAUGACGAUGACGACGACUACUUCGAUGAGGGGGACGGGGAUGGCGACGGGGACGAUGGCUUCUUCCGGAAGGUUCUGCCUCAGCUGUACGACAGGGUCACCAUCUCGGCGGUGUUGGAGGAGUGGUUCAGGUCGUUCAGCGACCUGCCCAUCAUCCUGCGCAGGGCCGUCGAGAUGGGUCUCUUCAGUUCUGCGCAGCUCGUGCGCUUCUGCUCAAUGGAUGUGAGGCCUGGGAUCUUCAGGUCCGUCUCCAGGAAGCUCCCAAUCUCGAUGUCCCGUUCAUUUGUGGGGCGCCUGAUGGCAGAUCCAGCCUUCGCGCAAAAGCUCAUCCUUGAGAAUGUGCUGGCGAUCAGUGCUGGCUUCAUCUACGAGGUGCGGAUGAGGAAAGAUCGCUUCAUGGAGGAGCUGGACUUUGCUGCCAUCAACACCUUGGGCCUUGCAGCCGCAACGUCCAUGGUGGUCUGGAUGCUUUCUCCCAGCAGAUCUUAUGGCACUGCCAAGAAGUUCCCUUGGCAGAGCAUGUUGGAAAAUCUCCCCAACAAUGUGUUCGACUCAUCCGGCCCCCUGAGGAACUACACAAGCCAGAGCCGCGCUGCCAGCCUGCUCACGAAGUUCGCCGAGCUCAGCGCGGUGGGCGCCAUCACAGGCUGUGCGACUGCGGGCGCGUCGGAGCUGGCGCUAGCGCUGCGCAAGAGGAGCGACCCCGAAUUCAAACCCUCGGUGCCCAUUCCUGGCGUUGAGCGCAGCAUGCUGGGUAUGUGUGCAUUUGUGGGCUUGCAUGCGCACCUGCGUUACCAGACCAUCGGUGGAAUCGACCGGUACCUGUUCGACCACAGCUCCUUCCUCUGGUCGUACAUGGCGGCUUCAACCAUGUUCCGGGUAGCCAAUGUGUCCAUUGGGGAGGCUUCUCGGCCGUGGUUUCAAGGCCUGCCGAGCAAGUCCCCGCUUCGCCCCCGUGCACCUGUGCCUAGGGGACUUGUGCAGACGCCCGCUCCCUUGCCAGCCAGCGCCCAGCCCAACGACGACAAGCCAAAGAAGAGGAAGGCCAAGGGGUUCGAGUUGUCCGUCGUCAGCGGCACGCCUUAG